CCGUGAUUCCCAUCACCAAGUAAACCAAUCCACUUUACUUUUAGAAAACAAAUUCAGAAAGAAUGAGCUAAAAAGAUUAACCAAAUGAGAUCCUCAAGUCGUCACUAACUAUUUUUCUUUCUCUGUAAAAUGCGGAAUAGUAACCGUUCCAUCUCUCCUUCUCCGCCUUCUUCUCCGCGGUUUCGCCACGGACAUUCCAAGAACUUCACUGCUAGUGGCGGCGGCGGAGGCGGAUGUGCACGUGGUGGGAAGCUGAGGGCGGCGGAUAGGAUAGUGUUCCUGUUGAUAUCCGCGGUGUUCCGCAGAAAAGGCUUGCUGUUGUUCGCACCGUUGUUGUAUAUCUCGGGAAUGUUGUUGUUCAUGGGGUCUUUAGGCUUCGAUGUCGCGAGUUUGCAAAACGCGGUUUCUGUUGUUCAUAGGCGUUUGCCGACUGGCUCCGUUUACUGGAGUCCUCAGUUUUUUGAGAAGCUUUGGCCGUUUAUGGAGGCUGAUAGCCUUAGCAAUGCCAGUCAUAACGCGGUACUGUUUUUUUUGGGGGCUUCUACUGUCUAUUUAUUGUGCUUUGAGAAUUCUAAGACAAAACUCCAUAUCUGUUAUUUCAAGGGAUUAGUCGUUGUCAGGUUGAUGAUAUCUGCAAUUCUAUUUACCCGUCUCUUGCCUCUUGUAAAGUUAGAAAUUAACUGCUGCCUUUUUUGUUUUCAAGGUUUUUCAGAAUUGCCAGAGUCUAAUGGUUUCCUUAUAAUUGAAGCAAAUGGAGGCUUGAAUCAACAACGCUUAUCGAUAUGUGAUGCUGUGGCUGUGGCUUGGCUGCUAAAUGCAACUCUGGUCAUUCCAAUUUUUCAUUUGAACAGUGUUUGGCAAGAUUCCAGCAAGUUUGGAGAUAUUUUUGAUGAAGAAUUCUUUAUACAUGCACUUAGAAAUCAUGUGAAUGUGGUCAGAGAGCUCCCUGAAGAUGUACUUCAGAGGUUUGACAAUAACAUUAGCAACAUUGUUAACUUGAGAGUAAAAGGUUGGUCGAGUCCGGCUCAUUAUCUCCAGAAGGUUCUUCCAAAACUAAAGGCAAUGGGGGCUGUUCGCAUUGCACCCUUUUCUAACAGGUUGGCAUAUUCAGUUCCUUCAAAUCUACAAGGGCUUAGAUGCUUAUCCAAUUUUGAGGCACUGAGGUUUUCUGAACCUAUAUUGGCACUUGCUGAUAAAAUGGUUGAGAGGAUGCUCAAGAAUAGCUCCCAUAGUGGAGGAAAUUAUGUUUCUGUGCAUCUUCGGUUUGAAAUGGAUAUGGUUGCAUUUUCAUGCUGCGAGUAUGAUGGUGGGGAAGAAGAGAGACAAGAGAUGAAUAUUGCACGAGAAAGAAGUUGGAGAGGAAAAUUUAGGCGAAGGGGCAGAGUUAUAAGGCCAGAUGCAAAUCGUGUGGAUGGAAAAUGCCCAUUAAGUCCUCUGGAGGUGGGAAUGAUGCUUAGGGGCAUGGGUUUUGAUAAGAAUACUUCAGUGUUUGUUGCCGCUGGAAAUAUUUACAAAGCAGAAAAAUACAUGGCUCCCCUUAAACAGAUGUUUCCACUUUUAGAAACAAAGGAUACAGUGGCUACUCCAGAAGAACUUGCUAUAUUCAAGGACCAUUCAUCUAGGUUGGCAGCACUUGACUACACAGUUUGUCUUCACAGUGAAGUAUUUGUCACGACACAAGGUGGAAACUUCCCCCACUUCUUAAUGGGUCAUCGACGAUAUUUAUAUGGUGGACAUGCUAAAACAAUUAAGCCCGACAAGAGGAAAUUAGCACUGCUAUUUGAUAGCCGCCAUAUCAGAUGGGAAACCUUCAAACAGCAGAUGAAGGAUAUGCUACGCCAUAGCGAUGCGAAGGGAAGUGAAUUGAAAAAACCCACCGGCUCGGUCUACACUUUUCCAAUGCCAGAUUGCAUGUGUAAGCAAACAGAAUCCGUUCAUGAAAACGGCAACACGACUAAACUUAUAUAUAGUUAAGUUUAAACCCUCUUGGUUAAGAUUUUCCACAACCUAUAAUUUAUAGUGUAUUAUACAACCAGUCGAGUUCUAGAAUUACAAA